CCUUACAAAUCUGGAGUCUAGAAUCGUGUAGCUGAUGUUCUGAGUCGCCGACAUGCCUUGCUUACUUCCUUACAGAUGAAAGUCACUGGAUUUGAAGUGAUCAAGGAGUUGUAUGAGGAUGAUCCUGAUUUUAGCAACAUUUGGCAAGCCACUUCUAAUCAAGCCUUUCAGCAAUAUCAUUGCCAGCAAGAUUACCUCUUCAAGGGUAACCGACUAUGUGUUCCACGUUGCUUACUCCGAGAUUCAAUUGUCUGGGAAGCACAUAAUGGUGGAUUAGCUAGUCAUUUUGGGAGAGACAAGACUUUAGCUCUUGUUAAAGAAAGUUUUUACUGGACAAAGUUGGAGCAAAAUGCCAUUCGUCACAUUCAAAGAUGCAAAGUUUGUCACCAAGCCAAGACAAUCAAUCAGAACAUAGGGUUGUAUCUGCCAUUGCCUAUCCCAACAUCACCUUGGGAAGAUGUUAGUAUGGAUUUUGUCCAUGGUCUACCACAAACUCAACAAAGCAAGGAUUCUAUCAUGGUCGUGGUUGACAAAUUUUCUAAAAUGGUUCACUUUAUUGCUUGUCAAAAAACUAAUGAUGCUUCUCUCAUUGCUGAGUUAUAUUUUAGAGAGAUUGUGCGUCUACAUGGAGUUCCAAAGACCAUCACUUCAGAUAGAGAUCUGACCUAUCUCCUUACUAUGAGGAUCAUGAGCAUUGAACUCAAACUCGAGGACGAGUUUUCUCCAACCAGGGGAGAAUGCACCAAGAAAGUACACCAAGAUUGUCUUGCCAACCUAAGUGGUGAAUCUGGCAAUCGAAUUCAUCGUAGUGGGAUUCUAAAUCUCGCCAAAAUCGGUGUUUCGGUAUCGGCUCCUAUGCCACCAACGUACUUGAUUGGCGACGAUAAGCUCAUCUGAACUACCCUUCC